CACAUAAAUCAGAAUUGACAGAUUUCUUGAGUUGGUAACACCUUAGUUGUUCCGUUUGGCUCAGUUUGUAAUAUUUGUCUAAUAAAUUGUCUCGGUUUAAAUUCAAUUAUAUGGUUAAUACUAUCGAUUUGCUUAUGUGAUUAGUGUUUAUUAAAAUAAUUAUGUAACAUUUUACCGUGUGCUGUGUCAAUAUAUAUGUAGCUGCAUUCCAUAAUGACUGAAUUGAAUAAGAUCGCCCGUGCACAAAGAAAUCCUAUUGUUUAUCUGGAUAUAUCUAUCGAUGGGGAGCAAGCCGGUCGUCUAGUAAUAGAGCUGAGGAGCGACGUGGUGCCACUCACAGCGGAGAACUUCAGGUCGUUGUGCACCGGCGAGAGAGGCGUCAACCACAACGGCACGCGGCUGCACUACAAGGGCUCCAGGUUCCACAGAGCUAUCAACCAAUUUAUGGUGCAAGGCGGCGACAUCGUGCGAGGCGAUGGCACCGGCGGCGAGAGCAUAUACGGUCCAAAUUUCCGAGACGAGAACUUCAAGCUGAAGCAUCACGCGGGCGUGCUAAGCAUGGCGAACGAGGGCCGCCCGCACACGAACAGCUCCCAGUUCUGCAUCACGACCGUGCCGUGCCCGCAUCUGAACGGCACCAACGUGGUGUUCGGCGAGGUGCUGGCGGGGCUCGGGCUCGUGCGCGAGCUGCAGCGGUACGGCCACGGGGACGACGACCGGCUCAGGGUGGAAUGCGUGAUAGAAGACUGUGGCGAAAUAACUUCUCAGCAUUGGGACGUUUUCUGUCGAGACGGCACCGCGGACCGACUCCCGGAGUACGCGGAGGACUACCCCGACAUCGAAAGCAUACCUCUCAUCCAACUAAUGUCCAGUAUUAAAGAUGUGAAGAACAGCGGCAACUGUUUUUUCGGCGAGAAUAGGUAUAAGGGCGCCGUGCGGAAAUACCUGAAGUGUCUGCGGUAUAUAGACUUCGUGAAGGAACGAUUAGAGAACGUCAAGGACGAAGACCAACAGGACAGUUUGCAUGAAAUCACGCGGAUGUACACGUUACAGUGCAACCUGAACUUGGCGGCCUGCUACACCAAGCUCGACGAUCACACCGCCUGCAUCAAGUGCUGUGCGGAGGUACUGGAGUUGAAUCCUCGCAACGAGAAGGCAUUGUACCGUCGCGGGCAGGCUCACUUCGCGAUCGGCAACUACGACGCCGCCCUGGCAGACCUCAAGCUCGCCGACAAGGUCUCUCCACAAAACCGCGCCGUGCUCAAACUCCUAGAGGAGGUACGGUUAACAAACAAAUCGUAUAACGAGGUGCAAAAACAACGGCUGUCAAAGUUUUUUCGUGAGCAAAAAGAAGAGUGUGCCGCGAUCGCGGGUAACUGAGCUGAGACUCACCGUGCUCAUACGCACUAUGCGCUGAACUCAAACGGGCGUCGAGACGAGGGAUUAUAUGCUCUGUUAGGGAAAAUGGCCACGGAAAAAAAAUGUGGCGAGGAAGAAAAAUUGUUCCAUUUGCGAGCAUAUUGUUUAUUAUAGUCGAUUUUGUAUGAGGCAAUUUAUGUAGAUAUCUUGCAAAUGGAGCUGUGGCGUCGAGGAUUUGUCCUUGCCUUUAAUUUUUAUCGAUAUUUUUCGAUAUUAUAUCGAUAAAAAUAUGCGCACAAAAGACAACAUCCUCUAAAAGGUAUGACGUAAUUAAUAAGCAAAUUUUAGCCAACGUGCGUGACUAUAAUAAUAUUUUUAAAGGGUAAGCGAAUUAUACCUAUAUUCAAGUGGGAAGGAAUUUAUAUCUAAGGAACGAGGCAACAGGGAUGCCGUGCGUUAGAAAACGGACGCUUUUAUCGAGUAGGUAUUGAAUUAUUCCUAUCGAUUUAUUGUAUGCUUUUUGCAUAAUAGAGAUUGGUAAGAAUGUGCUUCGAGUUUUAAAAGCACUAUUUACUUUGUAAAGUAAAUGUUUUGAAAUUUGUGAUUGAACGUACAUAGUUCACAAAUAUUUAUCGACUGGUUAUAGAAAUUAGACACUAGUUUGUAAGGACCACUGCCAUUGACAAGUAUUUUUAAUAUUUUUUGUUGUGUUUUACACGGAGCCUUUGUGAAAUUUUUGUUCAUCGUUUAUUAGGCAAAUUAUUAUGCGUAGGUAUGGCAAAUUUACACGGAUUAAAAUUUUUUGUCGGUUUGUUGAUUCGAUAAUUUCAUCCUAUUCGAUGUAAGUUGUGUGGUUGUUAUGUGCAAUGUUUUGUUACCGCUGGGCGGGUUUGGUGAAAAAUUACUCGCUUAUACAAUGUUUGGCACGGAUGUAUUAGUUAUUUUAUAUCAAAAUGUGUUUGUCUAUUUGUUUGUACGGUGUUACGCGUUCGUUAAUCGUGUAUUUUGUCAAAAUUGUUCUUUAGGAUAAAUUCAAUAAAAAAGCACUGAAUGUUCAGGAGUCCUAACACAUGAAAGAUGUUGUUUUAAUAAUAUAUCAAUUUUUUUAUUGAUUUCAAAAUAUUACUAUGUACUGGAGACAUUAAACUAAAUCGAACCGAACGAAACUUAAUUUUAAGUGGUGUUUAACGCAUUGAGAUAUUUUUUGCAAUAAUUUGACAUAAAAAUAGCUCAUUUAAUACUAAAUACUAUAAAACUAGUUAGCAUCCUUACCUGCGUGAAAUGAAGAGCAAAAUUGAUAAUUAAAUGGUCAAUUUAGUAUGUAAUUAGAUUUUCUGUAUCUUGAUUGGAUAUGCCGAAAACCGAAACGAAGCAACGAUGUACUAAUAACUAACGGAUUCUGUGGCAAUUGAAAUGGCUUCAUAUGGACAACCACUCCAUAAUAAUGUUUCUCACAUGGAAUUAAUUAACUACAAAAUAAUUCCAUGGUUUUUUACUAUACAUGUAAAAAUAUAAUAUAAAUGUAAUCGAUUUUGAUGUUUUUUUCAACUCUUCAUCCUGGGAAAGUAUAAUUCAGGACUUUUAUAGCGGAAAAAUUUUUUCAAGCGGGCUGAACAGGUGUAGUUUAUACUAUUAUUAUUGUAAUUACUAUUUCAUAGCCAUUGCCUACUAUUUUCUUUGUGCGUAUCCGAACGUCGAAGCUUCUUGUAUAUUUUCAUAAUAAAUAUCCUGUCGCCUUUGGGUGCGGUUUAACUCUUUUUAGUUUGUAAUAUAGAUGUGAUUUUUAAACGAAUUUGUGUCGUGGUUGUUUAAGUAAAAUCUCAUGUUUGGAAGGCAAUAUUUGAUGCACGUGUUGAAAGCCGGUACAUAACAGGGUGCCAUGUUUAUUACACGGCACAGAUUAAGCACGUUAUUCUUUCAUUCAUUCAUUCAUUCAUUAUGCAUUUUUCGAGAAUAUCGCCCAUUGUCGUGAAACUUUUUCAGACAUGUUGAGCGUCAAGUGUUAUAUCAAAUGUUACCUUUUGAAUACGAGACGGUAGUACCGAGUAGUGUGAGAUCUCGUUUUUGUUAUUGCGGAGGUUCAUGUGUCAUUUUGACAUGUUGAGUUGUCAUUUUUGACAGAAAUUGUGUAUUUCUCACUUUAAUAUAAUACGCACAAUAUAAUGUUAUGAAAUCUGAUUAUAAAUUUAUAAUGGAAUAAUUAUAUGAUUAUGAAUUUAUCGAUUAUUAAUUUAUUAUUACAAAUUAAUAUUUUACAAUAUAAGUUUGUUCACCCUCUACAAUCGCAUGUUACGGCAUAUAGAAUAAUACCAUAAAAAUAAAAUAUAUAAGGUACUUUUCACCCUUUUGUAUAUUGUAUUUUUUUACUAAUUAAGACAUUCUUUAUGAAAUUUUAAUACCUGUCAAAAAUGUCACUCAAUGCCAUAAGUUUAAAGUAAUUUUGUAACAAAAUAGGGCAUUCAAAGUUGUUUAAGUACAUAUUAGUUUGUGUUUAAAAAGGUUUAGUUUUUAUUUACGUCAAUUAUUUUAAAUGCUAAUUAUUUGUAGUUAAGGGUUAAAAUGUAAGGUGCUCUAUUCGGAUUGGACUAGCGUGCAGUGUGCCAAAGCGUUAAUCAAUACUAUAUAACGUAUUGUUCAAAAAGCCAGUAAUUUUAGUUCUAACACUACUCCAUUACAUUAUCUUAUACAAAGGAAAAGAUAAAAAAGAAAAUUUACUGUAGCAAGCAAUAUUUUGUUUUGAUCUCUGGCCAGUCAUAAGAUAUUUUUUUUUACUAAGCAGAUUAUUUCGGACAGCAAUAAAGCAGUAGAAUUAGCAAUAGAAACGUAAUAUUUUUUAUUUUGUAAUAUGGGUUAAAGGUAUAUUAUAUUGUUAAUCCAACUGUUUACCGUUUCGAAUAUACCAAUAUGAUUAGGCGAAACUUAACCGAUGUAGUUUAUGCCAAUAUUUGUAUCUCAUUAUAUAUUUUAUAUUGCUAAAAACAUUCAUUAUAGCAAUAGAUUUAUCUAGACUAUUAAUUGAAACUUCAAUGCCUAUGCUGUUUGAAAUCUGUACUCGUGGUCAUGAUGUAAUUAUCGAAAAUGUAUUAAAUGUGAUUUAAUUAGAACUAAGUGAUUGAGUUCAAGUACUGAUAUCGUAUGAUACCGACCGGAAUGGUUGUAUGAUAUUAAACGAUUUUAUCGAA